AUGCCAUGGAUUCGCCAGAGGGUCUUGGUGGUGGCGCUGCUGGCUGUAGCCCUCGGCCUCUUCGCUCUGGCCUAUGUGCUGCCGUGGUACCGAAUCACCGAGACCGACGUGCCCUACCCCACCUGGGACAGCAACACGACGGCCGCCACCGUUGUGUUCACCCUCUACACGGGCUACUGGUCUGGCAUCGCCCGCACCAUUCACCACCGCACCAACGCCUCGACGACCAAGUCGUGGUCCGAGUCCCCCGCCACCGACACUGUCCAAGACCAGCUGUGGACCGCCGGGCUGGUGGAGGGCACCAUGGCGUUGGGCUUCCUCGUGCUGCUUGCGGUGGCGCUGAAGUGCGACCGCCGUGCAAGCUGGCGGUCGGGACGCCGGAGGAGGGGUGUGUUGCUGUCGGUGAUCGUGGCCGUCUGUGCGUGCCUGGCCUGGCUCGGCUUUUGGCUGGGCCUGAGCCAGACCCUGGCACUCGACGGCUCGCUCUGCCCCGACGCCGCGUACGCAACCCUUUCUGCUGACGGCGGUCGGCACCCAAACCAGGGACCCCACCAGGAGGGCUGGUGCACCAACUUCGCUGGCCGCCGGUCCCACGUCGGCGCGUUCAACAGUGGCUUUGCCUGGGGGCCGCUCAGUGGAUGGUGGCUGGCGCUGGUGGGCGCCGUCGUGUUUGCCGCGGUGCCGCUGGGCGAGUGCCUGCUUUGGCGCCAGGAGGAGGCGCUGCUGCAGGACGCUAGCUAUCUACUGCCUCUGCUGCCCCAAAACUACAGCACCUCUCACUAA